AUGACUAUAUACGCAUUCAACAUAUUUGAUCGACAUUGUCAUUGCAUAUACAAUAGAGAAUUUACACAGUUAUCACAGCCGCUGCUGCUGCAACAAAAUCCUUCAUCCUCAUCAAUUUCAAUACCAUCCAGUUCAACUUCAAAUAAAUCUGGAAUAAAUAAAAAUAAUUAUGGUGAUAACUCCAAGCUAUUAUUUGGAAUAAUAUAUUCAUUAAAUCAAAUAUCAUCAAAGUUAGUAUCUUCCUCGGAAAACCCGUCAGAAUCAACAAAUGAAUUAAAAACUUUCACAAUAGGACAAUUCAAGAUUCAUUUUUGGGAAUCAUUAACAAAAUUUAAAUUUAUAUUAACAACAGAUAUAAAUGUAACAAAUCUAUCGAAUGAAUUAUGGUAUAUUUAUUCGACUUUGUUUUUAAAAUAUGUAGUAGAUAAUCCUUUACUGCCAAUAGAAUUUAAAGUUAUUGAACAUGAUGAAGAAGAUACAAAAUCAACAAAAAAUUUAAGUGUUGAAGAGAUGAAAGAAAAUGAAGCAUAUGGUAUGAUUCAAAAUUGGAAAUUUAUUGAAGAAACUGACAUAUAUUUAAAAUCUUUACCAAUAUUUGUUUAA